AUGGUGUUAUUCUUGGUUGAUUACGUGACGCCUGAUGAUGAGACUGUACGCAACUUAAGCUUCCAGGAGGGAUGGCAGAUCUACAGUCUACGGUUGCUCAAUCUUGUCAGCAACAGCAUUUCUAUUGUAUCAGCAAUCACGGUUCUUGUUAUCUUGUUGGCUAUGCGACUUUACGAUCGUCGAUUUGUCGAUCGAGUAUCACUACGACUCACAGCAGCAAUAUCAAUGACCGAUCUCGUCUCAGCCAUAUCACUUGUCGUUUACACACUCGUUGGCAACGAUGGACCAACAUGCUCCACAGUCGCCUUCCUUAUCAUUUGGCUCACGAAUCAAUAUAUAUUUCUAUCCACUGCUAUCGCUUUCAAUUUACAAUGGCUUUAUUUGCAAGAUCGUUAUUACAACCCUGCUUUUGAGAAAUGGUACUACAUUGUGUCUUUUCUACUUGCGAUCACCACCGCUGUGGUACCCCUGGGAUCCAACAUACUGGGAUAUGACGCAGCACAAGGAGUAUGCUGGUACACGCCUUCACAAACAUCGACCGUGCAAAUGUGGGAAUAUGGAACGUAUAUUGUGCCGCAACUUGUUUGUUUGUUGUACAGCAGCGUGGUGGUCCUUAUAGUCGUUAUCAAGCUCAAACGCGAUGCCAGCUUCCAGUUUCAUGAAAAGGAUCCUGGUGAUGAUAUUGUUAGCCGCAUCGUUCGCCGUAUCUUGCUGUAUCCAAUGACACCGUUGCUUACACAACUUGGCUUCAUUGCAUCAGAGAUCUACAUGUUCCACAAUAAGCAAGUCAGCUAUCCAUUGAAUGUGUGGGGCGUAUCCACCAAAGGUCUUCCUGGAUUCUUCAAUCUUGUUGGGUUACUUGUUGAUCCUGCAUUUACCAGUGCCAUACAGCACUUGAAAAGGGACCUGAUCAAACGAUACCAACAUGAUCCUAAUAUCCAUCGCAGCAUUUCAACACAGAGCACAACGAGCGAGCGAACGUGGGAGAUAUAUGCCGAUAACGGUGUUCUCGAUUUCAACCUACCACACACCAUCACAUCAGCCUCUCUCGCACCAUUGGCUCAACAAAAGACACAACAGGACGCAUCCAACAAAUAUCUUAAAUGGAUUGUUAAUCACCUAUGGCCUGUACGACAACAUCAAAAUCAAUCCCCUUCAUCCGAUUUACCAGCACAUACGGCUAUUCAGGUAGAAAAGGCACCUCCUCAACGACCUGCUCGUGCUGCAACCAAAGCAGAUGAUAUGAAGCAAAAUGCAUCCUACUCGUCAUCCAUACCAACAUUGUUACACUCGCCAACAGCCUAUUUGAUUGGUGCCAGCGAAUCGGAUACCAUGGUGGAUGAUCGAGACAUACUCAAAGAUAUCGUGUUAGAACAACCCUUACGAUCUCGAUCUACCAAUCACCCAUCAUCAUCCAUUCUAUCAGCACCCAUUUUCCUUGAAGAUCAACUUGAUGAAGCUGUACCAUGGCGUGUUCUUGAAGCAACAGGAGGUGACGACGAUAUGAUCAAACCCACUACCGGCAGCAGCAGCAGCAACACAAGUCAACAUCAAACCCAGCAACCUACGCCGCUUACAUGUGCCACAGCAACCACUGUUGGAUCCCAUAGCCUAUCGUUACCAAGCGAUCAUGAAGUGGAUAGCUGGCUUGAGCUUAACGACGACCCACCUUCACCCUCAUCUCGCAUGUCUCAGUGGUUUACUCGUCGUGGUGAUUCCUUUGAAAUUGUACGAGAACGUGUAGCUCGCAGCUCUAAAAGUAUUCGUCGAUGGUGUCGUCAACAGCAACAGCUUCAACAACAAUCAAAUACGACUAACACUACUACCAUCGAAGAACGGGGAGAUUAUUACUACUCUUCCUCAUGUGAAGUACUUACUACAACUAACGAGAAUCCAUCUCGCUUAUCUUCAUCCUCAUCAACAGAGCAACAACAACGUGGUGGUGGUGGAAGUUUGGAUUUGAGGUGGUCACGAACACUCUCCGGCUCCUUUUUUGAUCCAACUGCUUUACAAGCGGUGCCUGAAGAGACGGCUGAUACUACUCGAUCCCGUGAGACACAAAAAAGGAGAAACUCAUAG